AUGCAUUACAAUAUAACGGAACAGGAAACUGUGAUAAAUGUUUAUUCGAAUAUUACGAAAUAUGUCACAGAAAGUGGUUAUGACGACAUCAUAAACGUGGCUUUCUUUAUUAACAAGUAUUAUUUGUGGGUGAUUCUGGUCAUCGGAUUUCCUGGUAACAUGGCCACAAUCGUCACCAUCACAAGAGCCCGAAGUUUUGGCUCUUUCACACUUUACGUUAUUCUGCUGGCCUUCGUGGACAACCUGGCAAUUUUGGUGAAAACAGUCGUAUACCAAUUAAAUCAAAACCAGGUGAACAUAGCAGUUGCCGGAUGCAGAAUUUUAUACUUUUUAGGAAAUUUCCUAGCAACAUUCGCCAACUGGAUUUUAGUGCUUAUGGCAGUUGAGCGUCUCGUAGCUGUCAGGUACCCCCUAAAAAUUAAGAAAUAUUUGAAUUCAAAAACGUCGUCUUUCGCCGUUUUUUUGGUGGGAGCUGUCAUUGCUGGCGCUUAUAGUCCCAUCCUGUGGGUCUUUUCAUUUAACGAGAAAUACAGACUGUGCGAAUUCAGCAGAAAGACUAGCGUAUUUAAACUGUUAUUAAUAGUUUAUUGGACAAAUAUUUCGUUGUUUGCCUUUAUUCCAUUUCUGGUGCUUGCCAUGUGCAAUCUUCUCAUAGUUUUGGUUAUCAGAAAAUCAUUUCGAAUACGACAUUCAAUGGGAGAAACGUACAGUCAGACAUCAAAUAAGCAGACUAAUUAUUAUGUUUCAGUUCAGCGACAGAUAAUGUUAAUGCUGUUUACUUCUACGCUUGUCUUUGUGGUGUUCUUAUUUCCAUUAUGUGCCUUCCAUGUGGCUAACGCCAGCUGGCAGGUCACACCUUUGACCCGGGCUUACGCCGCCAAGUAUCUCAUGAACCAGCUGGCUUAUCUCUUGUGUGACUCCACUCAUGCAGUGAACUUUUAUGUGUAUUUUCUGAGCGCGCGAAAAUUCCGUUGCCAUUUUCUUCAGAUGAUGACAUGUUCGGUUGCCAGUUCCAGGGAAAUGUCUUUGCUGAAUGGUUAUUGGAAACGAAGCAUUCAGACCUAG